AUGAUAAUAUUUUAUAUUUUAUUUACAAUAUUUAUUUAUCCUACUCUAUCAAAAUUAGAUGAUGUGACACAAAUUAUUGAAACAUUAGAAACAAAUUCUAUAAAUAAUACACUUCCAUAUUUAACGCUUAACAAAAUAUUUCAAAAAAAUUUUUUAAGUGUUGGUAAAGUUUUAGGAAGUUUAACAAAUGAGGAUAAAAAUAUUUUGCUUAAAAAACUUUUUCAAAGAGAUAUAGAAGUAGAAGAGAUAUUAAAAAAAUUUUCACAAAACAUUCCAAUAGUUAAGAAAUUUUCAAGUCAUAAUUCUUCAAAUACAUUUUCAAAUUCUUCAACAUUUUCACACCAAACUUUAUUUAAUGGUGAUGAAUUUGUUGAAAAAGCAGAAAAUGAUUCAAACAUCAAGGCUAUAACAAAAGACUUGAAAAUGAAAUCUGCUUUUAAAAAUCUAAAUUCAAAUGAUGAUUUAAUAGCAAGAUAUAAAAUACCACCAUUAUUAAUCAGAGCUAAUCUAGAUAAUGAAUUGAAUAUUAAAAAACAAGUUUUAAAAGGACCAAAUUUAUUAGCUAAAAUUCGUUUCCGUACUGAAGAUUCACAUAAUAAAGAAAAAAAUAAUUUAAAAAAGAUAGAUAAAAGUAUUUCUAAGAAAAAAGAUGAUGGUUAUGAAAUACAAAGUAUACAAAAAAUACUUAAUAACAAUAAAGUUGUGGCUGCUUCUGAAUUAAUUGAUAUUAUUGAUAAAUUUAAAACACCAAAGAAACAGAAAAACAACAAAAAUAGACAAAAACAGUUAUUUCAUGCUCCGCCAGAGAUUAUACUUGAAGAAAGUACAAAACAAUUUUAUAAUAAAAUCUACCAUACAAAUGAUAAAAAUUCCAUUUACAAUGUCAAAAAGAUGAAUAAACAAAACAAUGAGAUUAAUAAUGUAUCUUUACAAGAUAAAAGUAGGUGGUAG